ACACAUGGGAGAGAGGAGCGUGCCAGUGUAGCUGUAGCGGAGUAUCCACGCGCAGACACAGGAGAUGACCGCACGUUUCUGUACUGACGUGAACGCAGCGCGCGGACACUGGUCUAAAUGGGGGGGACUUGUCUUCGUUAAAAUGCUCCCUCCUCGUGCUUGAGUUGACCGGGGGGCCGCGCUCGUGACGUUUGGACUGUGCGCGUGAUGGAUGGCUGCCAGAAGUUGCCUGUGGUUUUCUGCACGUUCACACCUGGUCGCGUGGAGAAUGGAAGCGCGUGCCACAGGUGAAUGAUGCACUUCACGCGCCUCCCAAAGCUAACUGCUGUCUCUCAGUGACUCUAGCGGGUAUCGAGCCGUCAAACCCAGACAAAGAUGGACCUCAAAGUGGAGCCAGAGGAGAUGGACUCGAACCAGCCUCCGUCGUUGGAAGUUUUCGCUAACAGCUCCACUUUACACGGGAUAUCGCACAUCUUCACGUACGAGCGCUUCUGUGUCAAACGCUGCUUGUGGCUGCUGUUUUUCCUCGGCUCUUUGACGUUCUUGCUGUACGUGUGCGUGGACAGGAUUCACUUCUACCUGGAGUACCCGCAUGUGACCAAACUGGACGAAAUCAUGACCCCGACGAUGACGUUUCCCGCCGUGACUUUCUGUAACCUGAACGCCUUCCGCUUCAGCCGCGUGACCCGCAACGACCUGUACCACGCGGGCGAGCUGCUGGCGCUACUCAACCAGAGGUAUGAGAUCCGGGACGUGCACCUCGUGGAGGAGAGCGUGCUGGAGAGUCUGAAGACCAAAGCGGACUUCCAUAACUUUAAGCCACGGCCCUUUAACAUGAGGGAGUUCUAUGACCGCACAGGACACGACAUCAAUGACAUGCUGCUGGGGUGUCACUUCCACGGGACAGAGUGCAGACCCGAGGACUUCAAAGUGGUGUUUACGCGCUAUGGGAAGUGCUACACCUUUAACGCGGGCGGAGAUGGACAGCCUGCCCUCUACACCACAAAGGGAGGCAUGGGCAACGGUCUGGAGCUCAUGCUGGACAUUCAACAGGACGAGUACCUGCCCGUGUGGGGGGAGACUGAUGAGACGUCCUUCGAGGCCGGAGUCAAAGUUCAAAUCCACAGUCAGGAAGAGCCCUCCUUCAUCGACCAGCUCGGGUUUGGAGUGGCCCCUGGAUUUCAAACGUUUGUGUCCUGCCAAGAACAAAGGCUCAUAUAUCUGCCCCCACCCUGGGGUGACUGUAAAGUGACACCCAUGGACUCGGACUUCUUCGACACCUACAGCAUCACGGCGUGUCGCAUCGACUGUGAGACGCGCUACCUGGUGGACAACUGCAACUGUCGAAUGGUGCACAUGCCAGGAGACGCUCCAUACUGCACUCCAGAGCUGUACAAAGAAUGUGCUGAUCCUGCCCUCGACUUCUUGGUGGAGCGGGACAAUGACUUCUGUGUGUGUGAGACUCCCUGUAACAUGACCAGAUACAACAAAGAGCUGUCGUUUGUCAAGAUUCCCAGUAAAGCCUCAGCCAAGUACCUGGCCAAGAAAUACAACCGCACAGAGCAGUACAUCAAGGAUAAUAUACUUGUUCUGGACAUCUUCUUUGAGGCUCUGAACUAUGAAACAAUAGAGCAGAAAAAGGCCUAUGAAGUGGCUGGACUUUUGGGUGACAUUGGAGGUCAGAUGGGGCUCUUCAUUGGGGCCAGUAUACUCACCAUUCUAGAGCUGUUUGAUUAUCUCUAUGAGGUCCUGAAGUACAAACUGUGUCAAUGCUCUGAUAAGAAACACAAGCACAGCUCCAGCAGUGACCAGGGCACGGUGCUUAGUUUGGACGACGUCAAGUGUCAUGUAACCAACUUCCACUAAGCUGCGCCCCUCUAGGCUCCGCCCCCUGUCUGUAUCUGUGUCCCGAGAGCAGCUGUUAAUGACUCUGAACUUUAUAACAGUAAAAAGGAGGAAAACACUGUGAUAUGGAUUGUCUCUGGUUCUGCUUGGGGGCCUACGGCAAGAAGAACAGGCUGAAUGCAUGUGGUCUCCAUCAACCAAUCAACAUGCAGGAUUGUUUAAAGAGAGGGUAUGAUGUUUAACCAAAUGUACGAGCUGCUUGAUCAACAGUGUAUAAUCAGACAUGCCAAGUUUGAUUUUCCUAUACAUGUAUGCAUUUUACCAUUACGUUAGCAUGCCAUGGUUUCAUAUUAAAUACAAUUGUUUACUUCCAUGGUUACUGGCAUUUCAAACUUGUUUUAUUCAUGCCUAUAAUUUAAAAGUUUAAAAAAUUCCUUUUCUUAAGAUGUACUACCUCAUUCUGACACAUCCAUCAUCUUAACUGGUAUUAGUCUAAAAAUAAUCCAAACAUAUGAAGACAUCUCAUUGUGAACAAACAGGAUUGAGGUGGAUGCUCUUCUACCUUCUUGUCUCCAUGGAGAUGUUAUUGCUUUGCCUGGAAGUGUAGUAUUGAACUCCAUUUUGUGUUUUCAAUUUAAAUUCAAAAUACAUUGUAAAGAAUUCUUAGUAUAAACUAGCUUGUCUCUCCACAGAUCUGACCUGUAACUUGGCCUGGUGGCACCAACUGCUUAUCCCAGUGGAGUUGGAUAGGUUUAAUGCCAUGCUGCGAAAAAUUCUAGGCAAUAACAUGCAAUAACAUCUCCAUGGAGACAAUCAAGUAGGAGAUCCUGCACCUUAAAUGUUACAUACAGGGAGUUUAACCUGUACCUAUGUUCAUUUGUCCAGUGCAUUUGUGUGACCUCCAGAUCUUGAGGCUCAUGGUGAGGAGUAUCUAGGUGGAGAUGGAUGUCAACUCUAAAUUUAACCUUGACCCAUUGACCUGUCAUUUAGAAAGAAGAUAUAUUUGAGAAAAGACUUUGUUGUUAUUGCUUAUCUCAUUUCCAUUUUGCGUUCUGCAGUCAAGCACAAGCAUCACCAACUGUAAUUAACUGUAAAUGUGUAAAAUAUACUAUGAAAGGUUACUAUAUUUGCCUGGUAUGUCUAAUGUUGUACUAUUGUGUUAAAGAUGGUUUUGAGUAGAUUUCUUUACAUAUGUGUGAAGUAACAGCUAAUCUAUCAAAAUAGGCUCCUCAUUUUUAUUUUAGGUCAAGUAAAAUCCAGUGCUUCUGAAUAGUCUGUUUUAUAACUGAAUAGCAUCAGUGUGGUCAUUUUUUUACUGCAUGAGUUCCUCCGAAACCAAUGCAAACGAGUACGACAGAUUCUGUGGUGUAUGGACAUGUCUAAUUACAACAAUGGUUUGAAUAAAAACUUUACAUUCUGUUUUAGCC